AUGUCGUUGAGCCCAAAGCAUACAACGCCUUUCUCAGUGACAGAUAUUUUGAGUCCUAUCGAGGAGACCUACAAGAAGUUUAGUGGCAUGGACGGCGCAGGGAACCUAACCUCUCCACUCGGAGCUUACCGGCAGCCGCAGGUGUCUCAGGCAGGCAUGCAGCAGCACUCCAUGGGCCACAACGCCACCGUGGCGACCGCCUACCACAUGCCCCACGCGGUGUCCCAGUUCUCGCACGGAGCCAUGGGGGGAUACUGUAACGGCAGCAUAGGCAACAUGGGGGACCUGCCGUCGUACCAGGAGAGCAUGCGGAACAGCGCGGCGGCGACGGGCUGGUAUGGCGCCAACCCGGACCCCAGAUACUCCACCAUUUCUAGAUACAUGGGACCUUCCACAGGUAUGAACAUGGCCGGGAUGGGGAGCCUCACAGGGAUGUCCGACGCCUCCAAAUCCAUGCCAGCCAUCCACGCGGCGCCCAGGAGGAAACGCCGCGUGCUUUUCUCGCAGGCCCAGGUGUACGAGCUCGAGAGGAGAUUUAAGCAACAGAAAUACCUGUCGGCGCCGGAGCGGGAGCAUCUGGCCAGCAUGAUCCAUCUGACGCCGACCCAGGUGAAGAUCUGGUUCCAGAACCACCGCUACAAAAUGAAGCGGCAGGCCAAAGACAAGGCGGCCCAGCAGCUGCAGCAGCAGGACAGCAGCAGCCUGUGCCAGCAGUCGCAGUCCCCGAGGCGCGUGGCAGUGCCCGUGCUCGUAAAGGACGGCAAACCGUGCCAGAACGGCUCCAACACACCGACACCGGGCCAACAACAACAACAACAACAACAGCAACAACAGCAACAACAGCAACAGCAGCAGCAGCAGCAGCAGCAGCAGCAGCAGCAGCAGCAGCAGCAGCAGCAGCAGCAGCAGCAGCAACAACAGAACGGUUCGGGGAUCGGACUCGGACUCGCCUCGUCCACUAACAGCAUCAACCAGCACCAGCAGAACCAGCAGAACGUCAACGUGUUGGUGCAGCAGGCCCAGGACUUAGACAUGUCCCCCAGUCCUCCCUCACUGCACAGCCAACUGAGCAUGGCUCAGAUGGACAGCUCUGCUGUAGAUUACACCAGCAACAUGGUCAGCUCAAACCUCCUGUAUGGCAGAACGUGGUAG